AUGUCUUCAGAAACGACAACUUCCACUUCCGCGCUGGAACAACGCCUUUCGACACGCCUCGAGAGCGUUUUCGAAGACAUUGGACAGGCCUACAACAGCGUGGAGGAACGAGUCCACGCUCUGGAAAGCACUUCUCCCAACUAUGUCAAGCGACUCAGCAAACUAGAAGGCAUCAUCCGCCCACAAGAGAAACACGACAAGGCCCUCCAGGAUGUAGCCAGCGAAUUGAACAGGAUUAAGAACAAGUUGCAGACAUUCGUCACCGGCUUCCAAGAUCUGGAAAAGAGACAUCAGACUCUUGCCAACGAUCUCUUGGAGAAGUCCAACGGUUUGAGUGAGCGGAUUGAUAACAUACGGCCAACCGACCUUACCGCGCUUGAGGAGGAGAUCCGGGGAGUGACGACUGUCCUCACAGAGACCACUCAUCACAUGAACAAUAGACUCGACAAUGUCGCCUCGGAGUUCAAGCAGCAAAGUGACAGUAUGGCGAAGAGGCUUGCUGACAUGCCGAUGAUCGAUGAGCAUCAGGCAGAAAUCAACGCCAGCGUACAGUCUCUACUCACAAGAAUUUCAAAGGUGGAAGCCCAGCAGAACGACAUCCCGCCGAAAGAGCUCUCGGCUAAUGCCCUGGCCAAAGCCAUGAUAAGUCGGCUGGUGCAAGGUGAUUCCAUCGACAGCACGACCCUGGCCCGCCUACGGAAGGUGCUCCCUGCUCCUUCCUCUGACACCGAUUCGCAAGAUGCAUCUCCGCCAGACAAAGCUGCGACCACGAAACCCGUCUCCACGCCCGCCGCAUCAUACCAGGCCCUCCCGGGGAAGGAACCGGCGCCGGCUCAUGCACAGCGCAAGCGCAACAUCGAGCAACCACAUGGCGAUGAUGGUGGCGCCGAGGCUACAGACCAAGAUACCACCCGACCACGCAAGCGAUCCCGCGCAAAUCCCAACUCGCGGAAGUCGAACGCCCGAAAAUCUUUGGGAGCUGCGCAGACGAUACAAAUUGGUGAGAGUAUCACAGAGACGUCUACUAGCCGCGGGACCCAGGAGGAUACUGUCGACACAGAAGAUUACGAGCCGGAGGAAGGCAGCGAAACAACACCCAAGGUUAGGCGCUCAAGUCGUACGCCCAAACCGAACAGAAAGCACGCCCCCUUUUACACCUUGAAAUUCCAUUGUUCGGCGAGUGACCAGAUGGACUGA